CUGCUUCGUCCAGCCUCCGGAUCAUCGCCAAUUCCUCACAUUCCAGCCUUCAGGCAGCUCCGUCUGCGGGGACGAAAUACUCAGGCAUUCCGCGCACAUUUCAGCCUUUAAAUACAGAGGACUCCGCCUGAAUUCAUUGCCCAGGCCGCUGUCUUUUAAGAGGUGGAGCUGCUCCCUCCCCCACUGCUCCACACCUUGUGACCCGGCCCUCCAUCAAAGCUGUCCUGUACCCCCACCACCACCACCCUGUCUGCAGAGUGGGUAUCAGCCCCCACUCCAGGGGGCGCCAGUGAGGAGCUGAAUGAAGCUUUGGACAAGCCUCUGGAGAAUGACGCUGAAGGGGUAUGGAGUCCAGACAUCGAGCAGAGCUUCCAGGAGGCGCUGGCCAUCUACCCACCCUGCGGCCGGCGCAAGAUCAUCCUCUCAGACGAGGGCAAGAUGUACGGACGGAACGAGCUAAUAGCACGCUACAUCAAACUGCGAACGGGGAAGACGCGGACGAGGAAACAGGUGUCUAGUCAUAUCCAGGUGCUAGCACGGAGGAAGGCUCGGGAGAUACAGGUGAAACUGAAGGACCAGGCAGCCAAGGACAAGGCCCUCCAGAACAUGGCCACAAUGUCAUCAGCCCAGAUCAUAUCUGCUACUGCCUUUCAGAACAAGAUGGCCCUGCAAGGGCUCUCGCGGCCUGCGUACCCAGCUGCUGGUGCGUUUUGGCAUGGAGCACUUCCAGGUCAGCCUGCACCUACAGAGGACAUCAAGCCAUUUUCACAACAGAACUAUGUGAUGCAAGCCUCAGGCCCUCCCAUCACAGGUUAUGAGAGUGCAUCAGGUUUGUCUAUGUCCCCUAGUGCCCCCCCUUGGCAAGGCCGAAGCAUCGCCAGCUCCAAGCUGCGUAUGUUGGAAUUCUCUGCUUUUCUAGAGCAACCACAAGAUCCUGAAAAUUUCAACAAGCACUUGUUUGUGCACAUCGGUCAGUCAAACCCAACAUACUCCGACCCUUAUUUGGAGGCUGUGGACAUCCGGCAGAUUUACGACAAGUUCCCUGAGAAGAAAGGAGGGCUGAAGGAGCUGUUUGAGAAAGGGCCACCUAAUGCAUUCUUCCUCGUCAAGUUCUGGGCGGACCUGAGCAUGAACCUCCAGGAUGACAGUAGUUUUUUCUAUGGUGUCUCAAGCCAGUAUGAAAGCUCCGAUAACAUGAUCAUCACCUCCUCCACUAAAGUCUGCUCCUUCGGCAAGCAGGUAGUGGAGAAAGUGGAGACGGAGUAUGCGCGGUUCGAGAAUGGACGAUAUGUAUUUAGAAUCCACAGGUCACCUCUGUGCGAAUAUAUGAUCAACUUCAUCCAUAAACUCAAACAUCUUCCAGAGAAAUAUAUGAUGAACAGCGUAUUGGAGAACUUCACUAUACUACAGGUUGUUACUAACAGGGACACUCUGGAGACUUUGUUAUGUGUGGCGUAUGUAUUUGAAGUAUCCACCAGCGAGCACGGCGCCCAGCAUCACAUCUACAGACUAGUCAAAGACUGACAGUGAGGCCCAGCCCAGGCUCCAGCCUGCUUUUACCACUACAACUACUACUACUACUACUACUACUACAGCUAAAAUCACCACCACAGCUCCCCCUACUGACUGCAGUCAUAGCCUCCAGUGGUCCGGUCAGGGACGAUGAGGACACGGGGUGAAUGGCUCCACAGCACUGCUGUCCCGAGGCCCCAGCAGGAGAGGCUUCACUACUGGAACCUUCCGGAAAUCGGAACCACAGCCUGAAUGUUGUAGAAUGUCAGGAAUGUCACUGCCUGAAAGUCAAUCAGGAAUGUCAAUGCCUGGCAGGCGUUUGCGAUCUCUGUCUUUCUUUUGUAUAACGGAACCUAUGAUAGCAGGACAUUUGCAUGAAGAUGUUUUUUUUUUCCUUCCUCCUCUUUAAUCUAAUUUUACUCAAGAGUGUUUGUUAUAGUGUCUUUUUACACAGUUGCAUGGGUAGCGCCAAGACUGGUGGUCACAUGGUGGCCAGAGGUUUAUACGACAACAUUUUCAGACUCCAGGGUGGAGAAAAAAAAGGGUAUUUUACACUGAAACGUAAGUUAUAUUUGUCCCGUUGCUAUAUUAUAUUGAUUUCACUAUAUUUCAGCCAGCUAUAUAAAACAAAACAUCAUAACUCUGUACUGAAAAGAGUGAAUGCAGUUGACAGAUCCAGUGUUUCCCAGCUUCAGCCAAAGUCAUCAGCAAUAGUCCUUCAUAAGCUGAAACAGAUGUUUUAGAGGGGAUGUGCAGGAGCAGCGCUGAAAAACACUGACUUUACACUGUUUGAACCCAAUUUAUUAUGUACUGUUUAUCAUUUCAGCUAUACUUGAGCUAACUUAAAGCCAAAUUCUUCACAUCUGCAUAAGGAGACACAAAGAAAGCCAGAACCAGCCAAUGUGAGUCUGUACAGAGAAAAGUGGGGAAAUAAACAUGGAUCUGUGCGUAUCAGUACUUGAGAAUGGAAUCCUUUGUUUGAUUUUACUCUGUUUAUCAAUGAGGGAGCUGAAUCUGCCAAAUAACAGCUUGAUAAAUGAAAUAAAGUGAGUGUGGCAGCCUUUGAA